CAUUGAAUGCAUUUAUUUUCACAGCUCCAACGUUUUGUUUUCUUCCGGUGAGCGCGCCCCCUGGCGGCGGCCCCCCGCGAAGCGCGCCAGUGACGCUGACGCUGUGAGUGCUGCAGCAGUUUUGUUUUGUCAGUCGCGGCGACAUCAUGGAGAGCAAACCGGUCAUCACCUGCCUCAAGACGCUCCUCGUCGUCUAUUCCUUCGUCUUUUGGAUCACCGGCGCCAUCUUGCUGGCGGUGGGCGUUUGGGGCAAGUUGAUGCUGGGCCCGUACCUGUCGCUCAUCGCCGACAACUCCACCAACGCCCCCUACGUGCUCAUCGGCACCGGGACCGUCAUCGUGGUUUUCGGCCUGUUCGGAUGUUUCGCCACGUGCAGGGGAAGCCCGUGGAUGUUGAAGUUGUACGCCAUGUUUCUGUCCCUGGUCUUCCUCGCCGAGUUGGUGGCCGGGAUUAGCGGAUUUGUCUUUCGCCACGAGAUCAAGGGAACCUUCUACAGGACGUACACCGACGCCGUGCUCAACUACAACGCUGACGACGAGGCGAGCCGCGCCGUCGACGACCUGCAGCGCAGACUGCGCUGCUGCGGCGUGUACAACUACACGAGCUGGUUCGGCAGCGUGUACUACCCGUCCAAGGGCGUUCCCGCCAGCUGCUGCGUGAGCGCCACGGACUGCGACCCGGCCGACCUCCGCAACGCGACCGUGGCCCCCGGCAAAGUUUACCACCAGGGCUGCUACGAGCUGGUGACUUCGUUCAUGGAGACCAACAUGGCCAUCGUGGCCGGCGUCACCUUCGGCAUCGCCUUCUCGCAGCUGAUCGGCAUGCUGCUGGCCUGCUGCCUGUCCAGGAUCAUCACAGCCAACCAGUACGAGAUGGUGUAGUCCGCGUCACGUCACAGUGAGGUGAAGAGAAGAUUGGGGAGGGGGGGGGGUGUUCAGUACUUUAGUUCCGUUCCCGUUCCAUUUCUGCCUGUAACGUGCAAGCAACGCAAACAUCCUCCUCACACUGUCACACUAGCGCAGAGUGUCGCUUUUUGCGCACAUUUCCCGUUUGGUUUGAGACACUUUUGGUUCCUGCGAAUCCACACGCGGACGGCAGGAGGAGCUCUUGCACUGCGAGACUCCUUUUUAUAUUUAUCUUUUUUUUUGUCGGGGGGGGGGGGGGGAGCAGCCUAUUUCUGAAAAUGCCAUACAUUUGCAGGAACUGUACAGUUCACCGGGAAGAAAAUACUACAAUUGUGAAGUUAAAAACUACUACUACUUAGAAUAAAUGUGUAAUAUCACAAAAAUAAAAGCUUUUUUUUUUAUCGUGAUGGAGUCAAGACAACACUCGCAGCUGUGUCAUAUUUUAGAAUUCAGACUUUUUUUUUGGUAAUAUUAUGACUUUAGACUUCUCCAACCUUUUCCUGCAUUGGGAAUUUUUCUUUUUCUCUCAGAAUUUUGCAACUUCGAAAACUUUCUUCGAAUCUUUACAUAUUUCUUUUUGCAUGCUUGUCGUAAAAUACGUAAAUAAAUAAAUAACCUUACGAUUGUAUUUUUGUAAAAUUCCAACUCGGAGUGACAGCGUGUAGUCGUGUUUGCGUGCCGGCGUUUCCGCCAUCAUCCUCUCUGUAGAUAUGUACUGUCAAUGUCAUUUCUGAGACAAAUGAUGACGUAAUGUUUUGGAUUGUAAUCUGCAAAGCGGCUCGGUCGUGUUUUGUUUGGCUGCCCGUUCCGAUGUUGACUUCUUUCGAGUAACGUUUUGCCGUUCCGGCUUCGACAAGUGAUUAUUAUUUUUUUUUCCCCCUCCUUCUUUGACGAUGUAUUAUUGUCCUUCUGUUAUUUAGUGGCUCUUUGGUAUGUCACAGUAACUUGAUUUGUUUUUGUUUUUUUACUACUUGCUGUUGAGUACAUGUAUGUUUUAUCUUGCAUAUAUACUAAAACACACACAAAAAAAACUGUAAGUCCAUCUAUCCAUCCAUCUUGCACGCGGGGGUCACGACACAUGCGCACACUCAAAAACAUCAUAAUGUCUAAUAUUCACAUUGUCACCAUCAGUGGUCUUGAUAUGAUCAAUAAAUGGACAAAAAUGAA